GUGCCGCAGCUGCGUCCCACGCCACGCUGAUAACUUCAGGCUGUCAAAUGAGAUGUAAAGUCACUUCCUCAGACGCGCCACCGCCAGGCGAUGAUCCGCUUAAACCUGCCCGCGCUGAGCACAGACAAGCUUCGGUGGAAAUCAGCUCGAACCCCGCUUAGUUAUCUCUGGCUCCAUCUCUGAUAGAGCCCGGCCGGCGCACUGAGUGGACGCUAUUUCAAAAGGCCGCUAAAGGGCCGCUCCUACAGUCAGUUAUCUGCCUCAUUGAGUCCGGUUCAACAGGAAACCUGAGAAAGUUCGCCUCUGACAGAACUGAAACCUGCAGCGUGCAUGAAGCCUUGGCCUUUGUUUCAAGGAGAUAUCAUCAGACUUUCCAAAAAAGCGUUUUGAACCCAUCAUGCUUUGCAGCUGUUUGUGAAUUGAGGAGAUGGAUAGGUCAUCGUCCACUGUUAGGCGACGAGCCUGGAUCAACAGCAGCCGACAGUGGCCGACUGUGGAGGACCCCAAGGGUCCGCUGUCUAACAUCGCAGCCUCUGCCUCCAUAGCAGAUGAUGAUGAUGUCUUUUCGGAUGCUGGCUUUACUGGAAAGAUUGAGAACUGGCUCCUACGUUGUGGAUCGGAUGUCUGCUUGGAGAAUUGCGGCCAGCUAAGUUUUGAGUCUGCACUGCAAGCUAACACCCUUUCUGAUGACCUGAGUCUUGGAGCUGAUGCUUUAGUUGUAAACUUUGGAGAAACUACAAAUAACCGUGGACACCCUUCCCUGAUAAAACAGCAAAGCAGAAUCAGCAGCAGUACUCCUCGACAGAAACUAUGCCCGCCGUCACUGAACCUGGGCCACAGCAUGGCCUCCAGCUGCCUUUCCUCCUCCACUUGGAAAACAGUGUCAAGUGUGUCAGAGGUUCUGCAGAUGUGUUCAGAGGAUGCGGAGGAGACUCUAUACGAGCUGGGUUUUGGCUGUGAAGAACCUCAGGUCACUGUACGCAUCCCUCCUCGAUUCUUCACCUUUCCCUCUCAGGCUCAGGGCAUAAACUUCCGCCUCUUCCUGGAUGCCCAGAUCCGGCGAAUAAGAGAGGAAGACCCCAGCCUUUCACUUGCUAGUCGUUUCAGACAAGUCCAAGUGCUCACAGCCAUGGCCAAUGCUUUCUAUUCCCUCUACUCCCAUGUGUCCCGGACUCCUCUCCAGAAACUGGCCACGCCGGAGUUUAGUUUCUCAUCUCCGGUGGAGAGGAUUGAACGGUUUAGGACCAGUAUUCGAAGCGAGCCUCGCUCUCCGGUAGAGAGGCUGAAGGACACCGUGAACAAGAUGUGCCUCUACACCGGCUCCCCUCGUGGGUCAGACUCCACCUCUCCACAGCCCUCACCCAGAAAGAGGUCCAGUCUUCCUGAAGUGGUGGAUAUAAUGCUGAAAUCCAAGGCUGGGAGUGCCAAGAAGCUGGAAUUAGGGGAACAUGACAGGUGUGGAUCAUGUGGGGAUUUUACACUGCUAACAGAUGGUGGAGAUAUGGAGCAAACACAGCAGGCUGCAGAGGACACAGACAUUUAUCAGGAGGGAAAUAAAAUCGGCCAUGAGGAGACAGUGGACAAUGAACAAGCAGAUAAUACUGAUUAUGUCAGACAAGCAGAUGGUGUAAGAACAUCUCUAACGUCAUCGAUAUCAGGAGAAACUGUGAUAGAAACAGAAACUCUGGUAGCUUCAGAUCAGCCAGAACUGGACUCAUGUUUGACACCAAAUAACACAAGGACAAGUGAGCUAAGUCCUGGCGCCAAAGUUACAUUUGAUUUAAUCUGCCCACAAAUAGUGGAGAGUGUACAUCAAGCUCCGUUCUGCUGUCAGAACAAAAACCACUUCCUUCUUAUCUCUGGGACAGAAAGUAGAGAUAGAUUAUGCUCUCCAUCACACAAACCUACUCUACAAACCCUUACCUCUGAGCCUAAUGAAGACUCACACCCUGCCUCUUCUAGAAAGGCCCUACAGGUGGAUGGAUCCGGAUCACCUCCGGUUCUGAAGUCUAGCGGGAGUUACGGUCACUGCUGCAUCACUGUGACUGGCUGGGAAGAAGAGGAUGUGUCCUUGUCUUCCAUGAACUCUGCAGAUUCCUGCCAUGCUCCACCUGCCUCAUCCACACGGACACCUGUAGAGCCAUUUAAUGAGGAAGAGGGACAGUACCUAAACCCCCUAACACAUCCGGGCCCUGGCAAAUUCUCCAGUAACCGUCAGCAGGUCAACUCAUUUGAGCUAGAGGAGGUGCAUAGCGCAGGAGAGGAUGAUUUUGGACAACCAGAAGCUAUGAGAACAGUCACUUCGUCACUCUGCAAAAAACAUUCAUACAAAGGUGAAGUGGUCCGGGGCGACAGCAUGCAGUCCGACAGCAGCGGCUACGCAGAUGAAGAAGUCAGCCCCUCACCAGACAGACACAGCAGGUCAUUGUGAACUCUUUGCGAUGAGCUGGACCAGACUCCUGAGUGACUGUGUACUCUGGCAGACGCCAUCCUUUCUGCACCACCAACUCCUGGCACAGAAGACAGAACAAAAUGACAAACUAUAAACCAAAAGUGCAUCUUAAAAAAGUCAAGCACCAGUGAAAAGUUUAUUUAGUUCAGUAAUUUAAUUAAAAAAGUGAAACUCAUAUCUUAGAGAUUGAAUGUACAGUUUCAUUUAGAUAAUUAGAAUAUUACAUGAGACCAGAAGGCCAAGGAUAUUUAAUACAGAAAUGUUAUGAUCAUGUUUUAGCCUACACAAUCGUAGAGAACACUGGUGACUUGGUUCCCACCCUCUUUUACUGAGUGCUCCCUUUCUUGCACAAAAAACAAAAACUAAUUAUAUGCUCCCCCUUGCAAACAUACCCUACGUGCGUAUUCAUGUUUGCACACAUAUACAUGAGUGUGAGAAAAAGGAAAAGAAAAACAGCUGUCCAGCAGACAAUAAUAGUCUCCGUUCACAAGGAGGACAAGCCACAGUAGGUCAUUGCUGAAGAAGUUGGCUGUUCACAGAGUGCUGUAUCCAAACAUAUGAGUGGAAAGUUGAGCGAAAGGAAAAAAUGUGAUAGAAAAAUAAAAAGAACAACCAAUUAGGGCUGCAUGAUUUUAGAAAAACAGACAAUAAAGUUGGUGAAUGUCAUGAUGAUUGUAUGACUUGGGAUUAAACAUCAAAUAUUUAACAGUGUUAGUAUCUUUCAACUCUAGGUUUACUGCAAACAUAACCAACAUGUAGUUUCUUAAUGACUACCACAUGACUUUAUGCUACAUUAUAAAGCAAUCACCAAAUAUGUUCUAAGCAUGGAAGGCUAGAUCCAGGGUACUUAAGUAGUUAGCUAUUAUUUAUUCCAGUCCAAGCAGUUCUUCGCCAUAUGCAUUUUGCGUACAGUAAUAUCGCAACAAUACAUUUGCUAUACAUUGUGCUGUUAAAUUUUUUGUUUUUCUUCCUUCACUUUCCAUUAUUAUGUUUGGAUACAGCACUCUGAAAGGCUUUUCUUCUUUGGCCUUUUGUAGGUCUCUGACAGACAACCCGUGACUCGUAGUUCAUACCAUGACAGCUCUGUAUUAAAAACUACUUUUUUU